AUGACGCCCUCUACCAAAACCCCCCAAAUUAGCUGGAGAGCCAAAUACUCUCGCCAGCUCGUCCGUGAGACGAUUUUUAAGGAGCUCACCAAGCGUAGACAGAUUGGUUCACCUGGACGUAGCAUGCCCAUUCUUGGAGAUGGCCGCGAUGAUACUCUAUCCGACAUUCACCACCUCCCCCAUGACAAAACUCCAAGGUCUCUAACUCCUACCGAUCCGAAAUCUCUCAAAUUCUGCAUUGUCGGAGCCGGUGUUGCCGGACUUUUUCUUGCCCAAUGCCUCACCGAGCUCGGAAUUCAAUAUGAUCUCAUAGAGGCAUCAGGUAGGGCCGGUGGGCGAAUGUACACCAAAACCUUCUCGGAUGCACCGCAUGACUACUAUGACAUCGGGGCGAUGCGGUAUCCAAAAAUCCCAUUGAUGGAUAGAACAUUCCGGCUUUUCGAGGAACUUGAAGUUCCACUUAUACCUUACUACUUGAGUGGGACCGGGAACCCUGCAAUGUACAACGAUAUCUUGGGCCCAGGGUCUGAUGAAGAUUUUGAUCAUUACAAGAUUAGUUCAGAGAGUGGGGGUGUGGUGAUGGAUCAGGCAGUACGAGAUGGAGUCACUGAAGUUAUGCGCCAGGCACUAGAGCCAUACAAAGGCCCGAUGAAGGUUGAUUUUGAAGCUGGUUUCAAAAAGCUCAAAGAAGAAGCAGACAAGUACUCCACCCGAGAGUAUCUCCGAACUGUAUUCGAGUACGCUGGUCAAACAGGCCUGGACUUCCAUACAAUUCAAUGGUUAGAGACGGGCCAGACGUCAAGCGGUCUUUUUGAUCAAGCUUUCUCCGAAACAGUCAUUGACUCCCUCGACUUUGAGUUUGACGAUGAUGUCGACUGGUUCUGCAUCGAAGGCGGCACCAAAAAGGUGACCGAGGCCUUACUCAAGAAGAUCCAAACCCAGCCCGAAAUGUACACCUCCGUGACCCGUAUCGCCCUCGAGCGCGACUGCUUUGGCAACAACGACAAGAAUAAAAUGCUCGUCGACAUGGUCAGUCCGCUUGGGAAGACUGAAACCCGUGAAUACGACACCGUCUUCAACACCACGACCCUCGCCUGCGCCGCGCGGAUCGACCUGACCGGUGCCGAACUUCACCCAGCGCAAAAGGACGCCAUCCGCGCCCUGCAUUAUGACGCCAGCUGCAAAGUCGGCAUCCGCUUCAAAACCGCCUGGUGGAUCACGAGGUGUGGUAUCACUCAGGGCGGCGCCGCCUCCAGCGACCUCCCGCUCCGAACUUGCGUCUACCCCUCCUACAACCUCGAAGAUGACCACUCAGCACCCACAGUGCUGCUUGCAUCCUACACCUGGGCGCAGGACGCACAGCGCAUUGCCAGUCUCAUCAGCCAGGACUCACCAACAGGGGAGGGUACGCUGAUCAACUUGAUCCUCCGCGACCUCGCCCGACUCCACGCCGCCAGCGGCAUCACGUACGAGUUUCUUUGCGAGCAGUACCAGACACACCACGCCUUUGACUGGUACCACGAUCCGUACACCUCCGGUGCCUUCGCGCUGUUCGGGCCCGGUCAGUUCGAGAGCCUAUACCCCUUCCUCACUCGUCCGACUGCGGACAGUAGGUUACACUUUGUCGGCGAGGCCAGCAGCGGACACCACGCGUGGAUUGUUGGCUCGCUGGACUCGGCGCAGAGGGCACUGGAGUAUGCCAUGGUCAAGUUUGGGCUGAGGGAGAUUGCGGAGAAGAUUGAGGCGAAGUGGGGCCCUGUGGGUGAGGUUGAGCUGAGCGCUGAUGGUACAGCCCAUCUACAGGUGGGGUUGGGGUACUUGAGGCCUGAGGAGGUUGUGAAGUUGUCGGUUCAAGAUAUCCGGGCUUAG